GGAGGGGAGCGAGCGGCCGCGGUGCUACGUAAGUGGCUCAUUUCUGUAUCCUUCAAAGAGAGAGGCCUCGGCGGAUAGAUUGAUUGGAUAUACCAGCCGUCUGACAUCUGGCCGUACGUAAAAUACAGCGAGGUUUGGGCUUAUUGAGCCUGCGCUAACAGAAAAAGAGGAGGUUCCCGAAUAGAGUCCUUUAUUUAUUUCUUUGUUUCCAGUGGGGAAAAAUAAUAACAGCGACAUAUACCACAGGCACUUCAUUUAUUAUUUUUGUCCGUAUACACAAGAAAACUGGAUAAGAUUACAGUGGUGACUCGAAGGCCAAAGCCAAGGGGAGGAGGAUGAAGCGGCGCAAUGCGGACUGCAGCAAACUCCGACGGCCGUUGAAACGGAACCGAAUCACCGAGGGUAUAUACGGCAGUACCUUCCUGUACCUGAAGUUCCUGGUGGUGUGGGCACUGGUGCUACUUGCAGACUUUGUACUAGAGUUCAGGUUCGAGUACCUCUGGCCAUUCUGGCUCUUCAUCCGGAGUGUGUACGACUCCUUUAGAUACCAGGGGCUGGCCUUCUCAGUAUUCUUUGUGUGUGUGGCGUUUACCUCGGACAUCAUUUGCCUCCUCUUCAUCCCAGUGCAAUGGCUAUUCUUUGCUGCCAGUACCUAUGUGUGGGUGCAGUAUGUUUGGCACACAGAGAGAGGUGUCUGUUUGCCCACCGUGUCCCUAUGGAUACUGUUUGUGUACAUAGAGGCAGCCAUCAGAUUCAAAGACCUGAAGAACUUCCACGUGGACUUGUGUCGUCCUUUUGCUGCACACUGCAUUGGCUACCCAGUGGUUACGCUGGGCUUCGGUUUCAAAAGCUACGUAAGCUAUAAGAUGCGCCUCCGGAAGCAGAAGGAGGUGCAGAAGGAGAAUGAGUUUUACAUGCAGCUCCUGCAGCAGGCUCUGCCUCCAGAGCAACAGAUGCUUCAGAGGCAAGAACGAGAAGCAGAAGAAGCAGCAGCAGCCAAAGGAAUAUCUGAAGUGGACACGCCUCCAGUGUCACAGAAUGGCGCCCCAGCCAAUAAAAAGACAUCGGCACCACUGCCGGAACUAGAGUAUAGAGAAAAAGGGAAAGAGGGAAGGGGCGGCGGGGAGGCAAAAAAACAGCACAACAGCAACAGCAUCCUGCCAUCAUCAGUGGACUCUAAACUCCAGGAGAUGGAGUAUAUGGAGAACCAUAUGAACAACAAGAGACUGACCACAGAGCUGGGCAGUACAGAGAACCUGUUGCUUAAAGAGGACAACAAUUCCUCCUGCUCCUCCUCAUCCUCCUCCUCUUCUAAAAACUACAAAAAUGCUAGCAGCAAUGCCGCAACUCUCAACUCCUCACCCCGCGGUCAUAGUGCUACCAAUGGCAGCGUGCCCUCCUCUGCACCAUCAUCCUCCUCAUCUUCAGGGAAGAACGAGAAGAAGCACAAGUUAGCAGUGGGGAAGGGGACAUCAGGUGGCUCCCACAGGGAUCCCACAGACAACUGUAUCCCCAACAACCAACUUAGCAAGCCAGAAGCACUUGUUAGAUUGGAGCAGGACGUUAAAAAGUUGAAGGCAGACCUGCAGGCCAGCCGGCAGGUGGAGCAGGACCUGCGCAGCCAAAUUGGCACGCUGGGCAGCGCUGAGCGCUCCAUACGCACCGAGCUGGGCCAGCUACGCCAGGAGAACGAGCUGUUGCAGAACAAGCUCCAUAAUGCUGUGCAGGCAAAGCAAAAGGACAAACAGGCAGUGGGCCAACUGGAGAAGAGGCUCAAAGCAGAGCAGGAGGCUCGGGCCACCGCUGAGAAACAGCUCGCAGAUGAAAAGAAGCGAAAGAAGCUCGAGGAGGCCACAGCAGCCAGAGCAGUAGCACUAGCAGCAGCGUCCAGAGGGGAGUGCACAGACACGCUGCGGCGGCGGAUCACUGAAUUAGAAACGGAGUGUAAGAAACUAACAAUGGAUAUCAAGCUAAAGGAGGACCAGAUCCGAGAGCUUGAAUUAAAAGUGCAGGAGCUUCAUAAAUAUAAGGAGAAUGAAAAAGACACAGAGGUGCUGAUGUCAGCGCUGUCAGCCAUGCAGGACAAGACCCAGCACCUGGAGAACAGCCUGAGUGCAGAGACUAGGAUCAAACUGGACCUCUUCUCUGCACUGGGAGACGCCAAGAGACAGCUGGAGAUUGCACAAGGUCAAAUCCUGCAGAAGGACCAGGAGAUCAAAGACCUGAAGCAGAAGAUAGCCGAAGUGAUGGCCGUCAUGCCCAGCAUCUCCUACACAGCCGACACCAGCAGCAUGACCCCUGUGGCCCCCCACUACUCCUCCAAGUUCAUGGACACCAGUCCCUCCGGCCUAGACCCCAAUGCCUCCGUUUACCAGCCACUCAAAAAGUGAACGCUUCGUCCCGCCCCUCCCUCCCCUCCAUCCAUACUCCCAUCAUUUUUAUUUUACCUGCAGGCCCACCACCUUCCAAUUUGUUUGGCAUGUCUGCGGCUGAGAACGUUUUUUUUUCUUGGGUUUUUUUGUUCUCUCCUCGCCAGGUCAGAAGGAUGUUGUAUUGUGUGACUGUGUUUGUUGUAGUUAAGACAAAAGACAAAAAAAAAAAACUUAAAAAGGACAUCACAUGUCAACUAGGAAGUCCCAGUUUUGUUUUGUUUUUUUUGUUUUUGUUUUUUUUUCUCUUAACUGUCUAGUGAAACCUCACAGAAUUGGGUAUGUAUCUUCAUCUCAAGGGUGUUGCUCUCCCAUUCGCACCUCCACUGCAACCAGUUACCUGCUCUUUGGUCCUGGGGAAUAGCUGCUUUAUUUUAUUUUUUAAUUUUUUUUUUUUUUUUCCCCCUCCUAAAAUUGGAAAACAGUUCUCCUUCAUGAUACAGCCUGACUUGUAUCCAACAGUUUCUUUGACAGAUUCUUUUUUCCCCCCAAGUAGUAUGGGAACAUCUGUACAACCAGAGGAAUGUAGUGCAAAGUUGGCACAGACUCACCCCUGUUACGUAAUUUAUUCUUUUAAUUCACAAUCAGACACCAAAUUGACCCUGCCCUCGGCUGCUUUUUUGAUUUGGUGGUAAACAGUUUUUAAAGUGUAUUGUGUGGUUCUAUUUGUUCAGACUUUAAGAUUCAAGCAUUGAUUUCAUCAAGCUGGAGGAGAUCUUGUGUUGGAAACAAACAUAGACCUUGAAACGAAAUGAACCCGAGCGGCUCAAUAUGUUCAGCAUCGGUGAAAACAGCUGUUUGGUUUCCCUCGCUCUGUUUUCUGAAAGUUUUUGGUUUUUUUUGUUUUUGAGUUGAAGGAGUGCUGUGAGAGAAGACUGUGUAUGUAAGUGUACAGCUUCUCAGUACUCUGCAUAGUCUUUCAUCAGAUGUCAUGAUCACAGUGCCUUGGGUUGAGGACAUAGAGUGAGUGUAAUAAUGAGAAAUGGCCCAGCCCUUCUAAAUUAGUUGUGAAGCAUCUGGCUAAGCUGAAAUGGUUAAGAAGUGGACCGUGCCCAGUCAUGAGGGACAAAGUUGCCUUUGGCCACUGAUUUGGUUUACAGGCUCCCAACUGAUUUCCAUACUGGUGGGGAAGCCGAUCCAUCUUGUGCACUCAAGGGCAGCUUUGUCCCUUAUUAUACAAGUCACAUUUAACAGAUACGGCGGACAAGGCCAAAUCCAAGACUAUUCAUUGUUCUCCCAUUUUUCCUUUUGUCAGUAUGUUGACAUGAUGUUAGCCACCACAGAGUCUACUGUACACAGGUCUUCACAUGUCCGUACACAGAAGCUCAUCCAUGCUGCUGUUAAACCCCAAAUCCUCCAGUUUAGCUAUUGCCCCCUCUUUCCUUUUUUGAGUUCCAAUUAAAAGUUUUACUGUGGAAAAUACAUGCUGUUUGAAAGGGAAAACUGUAAAGAUGGGCUGUGCAAUGUACACAAAGCUUUGGAAAUGCCAACUUGAAUAUAGAAGCUAAAUAAUUUAAUUUAAUUCAUCUUCCACUUCAGUUUGUGUGCCAAGACUGGAAUGCUUGUUUCUCUAGUAAUAUGUUCAAGAAUGUACUGCAAAUGCAUUGGCUGACAUUUUUGUCAAAUAUCCAGUUAAAUAUCACUUAAUGGAAGUUUCUGUUAAGCGGGUAGAGAAAGUGGUCACCUGCUUGUAGUAGACUGUAGAAAAAAUAAGGGACUAGAAAGUCAAAUUUCUUUUUGUGAAUGUUACAGUAUUUGCAACUGUUGGGCAAGUGGCUGUUUUAAAGCAGUUUUCCUUACUCCUGUUUCUGGUUAUUAUUGUUAUUUUCCUGCAGGGAGAAAGUUGCUCGAGUCUGAUGUGGUUUCGCCAUCAUCUGAAAUGAUCCUUGUUGUGCGUGUGGAUUUCACCUACUUUAUAUGGAGAAGCUUUUUGCGCUCAGAUUGCUGACAUUGGCUCCUGGGGGGGGGUUGUGAAAAUUACCGUUUAGUCAGUUGUUUGGUCAACUGAUUGUUGAAAGUAUAGAGAAGUGUUUUUGUUUGGUUUUUUUUGUUUUCUUUGCCCACAGUCACUGCUCUGUUUCUCCCCAGGUCUGACCUUGGCUGCGCUCUCGCUCUGUGAGGUCUGCAAGGAAUAAACUUUUUUUUUUUUCUUGCAAAUUGA